UGGAGUGCAGCCGCUUCUCCUGGGGAGGGUGACUGCCCUGCGUGAGGCUGGAACAGCUGGGGUGUGUUUGCUCUUCCCGCUAUCUGUGUAGUGGGAGGUGUGGUCAGAGCUGGACAGAGAACCUGGGAGGGGCCAGGCCAAAGUGCCUUUCUGGAGCAAAGAUAGAAAGAGCUGUGCUGGACCCGGGCCCCGGGCCCGGCCACUUCCCCACCCUUUAGACUGGUUUUUCCCUGAGAGUACCCAGACACAGAGCUUGUGAGGCUGGGAUUGGUCAGUCAGGAACUGGAGGCUCAGAGGCAGGGGGAAGAGGCAGCCACAGCGUCCAGGAUGCCUAGUCCACAGCACAAAGCCUUACCUUGCCCGGCUGCCCUCCCUCUCCUCUCAUUCUUCAGAUGCUCGUUUGUAACCUGAAUCCAAAAUGGGUCAGGUCCUCAGGAGGGAGGGGCCGCCUGCCUGGAGCCAUGGAGCCCCGGAGCACCAGGCUCGGGUUCCCACCCCAUGCUCCCUGAGCCCAGCAGCACCCCAGCCAGAGGCCCUGGCAGUGCCCCGACCACCACUGCCCCACCAUGGCCAGUUGGAUCGUGCACCCUAGGGUCUCUCCCACCCGCUGCCCACCCAGCUGCCAUGAGGGAAGGAGUGGGUGAGCCCAGGAUGGUAGGCACUAGGCCAAGCCUAGGGGACAAAGCAGGUCAAGUCUAGGGGCCUGCUUUGUCUCUGAGUGGUCCCCAAGCAGGACGCCUGAGAAGGUGACCGGUGCCUCUGUUUGCAAUAGCGCUGACUCUAACCCACGCCCCGUGAACCUCCGAGAGAACCCGGAAGCGGCACCAGCAGCGCCCCUGGAGCCGUGACAGCGCAGGAGAUCCUCCCGCAGGGGGAAGGGGAGGCAGGAGGAAAAACAAAGGAGAGCGAGGAGAGCGGCGAGCCUUGCGCCGCCUCCCUGCGCCGCCUGCCCACGAUGUGUCAGUCAGAGGCACGGCGAGGACCAGAGCUCCGAGCAGCAGCGAAAUGGUUGCACUUUCCUCAGCUGGCCCUGCGGCGGAGGCUGGGCCAGCUGAGCUGCAUGUCCAGACCCGCCUUGAAACUGCGCUCGUGGCCCCUGACCAUCCUCUACUACCUCCUGCCCUUCGGCGCCCUCAGGCCACUCAGCCGGGUGGGAUGGAGGCCCGUGAGCAGGGUGGCCUUGUACAAGUCGGUGCCAACGCGACUGCUGUCACGGGCGUGGGGCCGCCUCAACCAGGUGGAUCUGCCGCACUGGCUGCGCAGGCCUGUGUACAGCUUGUACAUCUGGACCUUCGGGGUGAACAUGAAGGAGGCUGCCGUGGAGGACCUGCAUCACUACCGCAACCUCAGCGAGUUCUUCCGGCGCAAGCUGAAGCCGCAGGCCCGGCCUGUGUGCGGCCUGCACAGCGUGAUCAGCCCAUCCGAUGGGAAGAUCCUCAACUUUGGACAGGUGAAGAACUGUGAGGUAGAGCAAGUCAAGGGGGUCACCUACUCUCUGGAGUCGUUCCUGGGCCCCCGCACCCACACAGAGGACCUGCCCUUCCACCCAGCCUCCUCGUGUGAGUCCUUCCGAAACCAGUUGGUCACGCGCGAAGGGAACGAGCUGUACCACUGUGUCAUCUACCUGGCCCCUGGGGACUACCACUGCUUCCACUCGCCCACUGACUGGACCGUCUCCCACCGCCGCCACUUCCCAGGAUCCCUAAUGUCUGUGAACCCGGGCAUGGCGCGUUGGAUCAAAGAGCUCUUCUGCCACAACGAGCGUGUGGUGCUGACGGGGGACUGGAAGCACGGCUUCUUCUCGCUCACCGCCGUGGGGGCCACCAAUGUGGGCUCCAUUCGCAUCUACUUUGACCGGGAUCUGCACACGAACAGCCCGCGGUACAGCAAGGGUUCCUACAAUGACUUCAGCUUCGUGACACAUGCCAACAAGGAGGGCGUCCCCAUGCGGAAGGGCGAGCACCUGGGCGAGUUCAACCUGGGCUCCACCAUCGUGCUCAUCUUUGAGGCGCCCAAGGACUUCAACUUCAGGCUGAAGGCGGGACAGAAGAUCCGUUUUGGGGAGGCGCUGGGCUCCCUCUAGGCUUCUUCCUGGCUGCAGCUGCUGAAGAGUCUGUCCACAGAGGAGCUGAGGGGGUCUUAUAGGGUGCCCCAGGCUGUGUGGGUAAGGGGCAUGGCAGGGUCAACCUGGUAGAACCUGAAUGAUCUGCUGCUCUUGCCUGUCCAGAGGUAGGUGGUUCUAGAUUCCCAAGGCAGCCAGAACCCCUGCCAGGCCUGGGCCUCACAGAGGUGGUACUGGUGGGGCUGGCCUCACAGAUCACUUGCUAAUACUGUAUAAACUGGAGACCCUGCAUCCGAGUUGGGCUAUUAUUUGAAGGCGGCAAGUGCUGACAAAGCGUGACUUUUCUGACGCCCCUUUUUGCUUGGGCCUCACCCAAUGCCCCCCCUGCCCCGUACACAGGGUGAGGUGCCUCCUCGGCACGGACUGUGGGCCUGCCCUCCCUCAGAGCAGGUUCACCCAUCGUUUAUUCUCUGUUCCCCAAUUUUCCUCCCCCUCCCUGCUCGUUAGGAAAGCAAAACCUUUCUCUGCAUGUGGCUGACCAUGUGGCCCCCAACUCUGCUAGUGCCUUCUGAGGGUGGCAGCUGAUGACUCCUGGCCUACCUGGGGGGAGGAGGGGUGUGAACGGAUGGAGUGGGAAGGGGCAAAUGGCUGCUGUGGGUCCAGGGGCUGUGCAGAGCCUUGGUGGGUGAGGUCAGCGCCUAGCAAACCUGCCCCGGUGACGGGUGUGCAGGCCUAGGGGAGCCAAGUUGACCCUGGGGACGCUGUGAAUUUCUCCUACAGGAGAAAUUGGACUUUUUCAACUGUAUCAGUAGCACAGUAUUUUGUAUGAAAAGUGGGAGACUUCUGAACAGUAAUUCAUUUAACUGCAAGACAUUUUGAAAUAAAAACAUAACACAUGGUAUGG